GGGAGGAGGGACGCGUGCCGCGUCUGCUGGAAGGUCCCGGGAGCUAGCCGGAGCUGAGGCAAGGAGCCGACAGGCCCGCGGAGCCGCGCGGGGAAGGCCCGGGCGCAGCUGAGCUUGGGGCCGCGGCUGCUGGCCGACGGAGUCGGCCGGGCCAGGCGCCGAGUGGGACGUGCUCUGUGGAGACGCGGAGGAGCGAGUCACCGCGGCCUGAGAAAUAUCUAUGCAAGAUGUUCACAUUGCAAACUUGGAUAGUGCAAGCCUUGUUUAUUUUCCUCACCACUGAAUCUAUAGGUGAACUUAUAGUUCCAUGUGCUCAUAUCCACCCUGAAUCUUCAGUUGUACAACUUGGUUCGAAUUUCACGGCAGUUUGUGUGCUAAAAGAAAAAUGUAUGAAUGAUUAUCAUGUGACUGCUAAUGAAAUUUUCUGGAAAACAGGCCGUGUUACUGUUCCUUAUGAACAAUAUGCUGUCAUAAACAGAACAGCAUCUAGUGUCACAUUUCCAAAUAUAACUUUAAUAAAUGCUCUGCUCACUUGCAACAUUCGUAUGUUUGGACAGAUUAAUCGGAGUGUUUAUGGAAUCAGAAUCAUUUCAGGCUUGCCUCCUGAAAAACCUAAAAAUUUGAGUUGCAUUGUGAAUGAAGGAAAGAAAAUGAUGUGUCAGUGGGAUCCUGGAAGGGAAACACACCUGGAAACAAACUACACUUUAAAAUCUGAGUGGGCAACAGAGAAGUUUGAUGAUUGUAAAGCAAAACGUGAUACCCCCACCUCAUGCACUGUUGAUUAUCCUCCUGUGUAUUUUGUCAACAUUGAAGUCUGGGUAGAAGCAGAGAAUGCCCUUGGGAAGGUUGCCUCAGAUCAUAUCAAUUUUGAUCCUAUAGAUAAAGUGAAGCUCAAUCCACCACAUAUUUUAUCAGUCAACAGCUCAAAGGAACUGUCUAGUAUUUUAAAGUUGACAUGGACUGACUCACGUUUUAAGAGUUUUAUAACUCUGAAAUAUGACAUUCAAUAUAGGACCAAAGAUGCCUCAACUUGGAACCAGGUUCCUCCUGAAGAUACAUCAUCUACCCGAUCUUCAUUCACCGUUCAGGACCUUAAACCUUUUACAGAAUAUGUGUUUAGGAUUCGUUGUAUGAAGGAAGAUGGUAAAGGAUAUUGGAGUGACUGGAGUGAAGAAGCAAGUGGUAUCACAUAUGAAGAUAGACCAUCCAAGGCACCAAGUUUCUGGUAUAAGAUAGAGCCAUCUCAUGCUCAUGGCACUAGAUCUGUACAACUCAAAUGGAAGACAUUGCCUCCUUUUGAAGCUAAUGGAAAAAUUUUGGAUUAUGAAGUGACUCUCACAAAAUGGAAAUCACAUUCACAAAAUUACACAGUUAAAGACACAAAACUGACAGUAAACCUCACAAAUGAUCGCUAUGUAGCAACUCUGACAGCAAGAAAUCUUGUUGGCAAAUCAGAUGCGUCUGUUUUAACUAUCCCUGCCUGGGAUUUUCAAGCUACUCACCCGGUAACCAAUCUUAAAGCAUUUCCCAAAGAUAACGUGCUUUGGGUAGAAUGGACUGCUCCAGAUGAAUCUGUAAACAGAUACAUACUUGAGUGGUGUGUGUUAUCUGAUAAAUUGCCCUGUAUCCCAGAAUGGCAACAAGAAGAUGGUACUGUACAUCGCACCUAUUUAAGAGGAAACCUAGUAGAGAAGAAAUGUUACUUGAUAACAGUUACUCCAGUAUAUGAUGAUGGACCAGGAAGCCCCGAGCAUAUAAAGGCAUACCUUAAACAAGCUGCACCUUCCAAAGGACCUACUGUUCGGACAAAAAAAGUGGGGAAAAAUGAAGCUGUCUUAGAGUGGGACCACCUUCCUAUUGAUGCUCAGAAUGGAUUUAUCAGAAAUUAUACUAUAUUUUAUAGAACCGUCAUUGGAAAUGAAAUCGCUGUGAAUGUGGAUUCUUCCCACACAGAAUAUACACUGUCCUCUUUGACUAGUGACACUUUGUACAUGGUACGAAUGGCAGCAUACACAGAUGAAGGUGGAAAGGAUGGUCCAGAAUUCACUUUUACUACACCAAAGUUUGCUCAAGGAGAAAUUGAAGCUAUUGUUGUACCUGUUUGCUUAGCCUUCCUAUUGACAACCCUUUUGGGAGUUUUAUUCUGCUUUAAUAAGCGAGACCUAAUUAAAAAACACAUCUGGCCUAAUGUUCCAGAUCCUUCAAAGAGUCAUAUUGCCCAGUGGUCACCUCACACACCUCCAAGGCAUUUUAAUUCAAAAGAUCAAAUGUAUCCAGAUGGCAAUUUCACUGAUGUAAGUGUUGUGGAAAUAGAAGCAAAUGACAAAAAGCCUUUCCCAGAUGAUCUAAAAUCUUUGGACCUAUUCAAGAAAGAAAAAGUUAAUACUGAAGGACACAGUAGUGGUAUUGGAGGGUCUUCGUGCAUGUCAUCUUCUAGGCCAAGCAUUUCUAGCAGUGAUGAAAAUGAAUCUGCACAGAACACUUCAAGCACUGUCCAGUAUUCCACAGUGGUACACAGUGGCUAUAGACACCAGGUACCAUCAGUCCAAGUCUUCUCAAGAUCUGAGUCCACCCAGCCCUUGUUGGAUUCCGAAGAACGGCCAGAAGAUUUACAGCUGGUAGAUAAUGUAGAUGGCAGUGAUGGCAUUCUGCCCAGGCAGCGGUAUUUCAAACAAAACUGCAGUCAACAUGAAACCAGUCCAGAUAUUUCGCAUUUUGAAAGGUCACAGCAAGUUUCCUCAGUCAAUGAAGAAGAUUUUGUUAGACUUAAACAGCAGCAGAUUUCAGAUCAUAUUUCACAGCCCUAUGGAUCUGGGAAAAUGAAAAUGUUUCAGGAAGUUCCUGCAGUGGAUGCUUUUGGUCCAGGCAUUGAGGGACAAGUAGAGAGAUUUGAAACAGUUGGGAUGGAGGCUGCAGUUGAUGAAGGAAUGCCUAAAAGUUACUUACCACAGACUGUGAGACGAGGUGGCUACAUGCCUCAGUGAAAGACCAGCUCCUGUUACAUCUUCGGAAAUACCUGUAAAGUAAAGCUAAAAAUACUUUAUCUGUGAUUUCAGAUCUUCACUCGCUGAAGAUGAUCAUUUGCCCUUAAGGACAAGAAUGUACUGUCCUGCCACUUGGGCUUUUUCCAUCCCAGUAUAUCUGGGAUUCAACUUUAAGCACUACAUAAACUGACUUCAUCCUCUGAAUAGCUGAAUGACUUUGUGCUGUUUCAGGAUGUUUGCACUGAAGAAAAACAAAGCUUAUCUAAAAUUUAUAAAGUGAAACUUUUUGUUUUGCUAUCUAGAAAACAGAGGGUAUUUAAGUUAAAGCUAGUCAUAAACAGCUAUACUGAUUUUAAUGAGAAUAGUCAUUGAAUAUCAAAUCUUAGGGAGAGAAUUAACAAAAAUUAGAGGAGCAAGGUCUUAGACCCUCUACUUUAGCUGACAACAUAAUUUAAAAAGAAUCCAGAUGAUACAACUAAUAUGAGCCCAGCUUUUGUUGUCUGCCAGAAAAAAUUUGGGUCAUUUAUAAUCAUACCAACAUGUAAGAUAUUAAUCCUUUUCCAUUGGUAGUGACUCUGCCAGUUGCUGGAGAAAAGGAAUUCUGUUUUAACACAGCAAAAUAAAAAUAUUAAUUUUUAAUAUUAGACAAUCAAUAAUUAAGUAAAUUUUCAAACGUUUGCUUUCUAUUGUUAUUGACAGCCUUUGAAGAUACAGUUCACAAACUCAGCAGAGUGUCCGGAUAAGAGCUAGGAAUGAAUAUGACAAACUAUCUCAAACAUUCUAUACCUAUAUAUAAACUUUAUUGACCUUUCUUUUUAAGACAUCAGAGAAUUUGGUUGAUUAAGCACUUUAUACAAUAUAUCUUCACCUUAAAAUGUGUUUUGACUUAAUACUCUGUUUUUCAGUAGGCCAAGAUAGAGUUUGGUUUUUUUUUUUUCCUAGUAGGUAUCUGAAGCAGACUAGUAAGUUAUAGGACUUGGGCGAUACUCACCAAAACAAAACACCACCCCCAAAAUGUACAUAUUGGUCUUAAUAAGUAUCACAGUUAGCAAAUAUCCUUAUUGUAGAGGCACUUAAUGAAGAGAAUGUCUGCCAGUCCUGAGGUAGGUGGAACUUAGUUCUACAUGAUAAUUAGGAAUAUUUUAAACCUCUUCCCACAUGUUCUCUUCUUCAGGGGGAAAGUGAGUUGAGCCUCCAGAGUUUAGUGCUAAACUCACUUUCACAUUCACGUUAUCCUCUACCCACCACCUUGACAAGGAGGCAGGGCUAAAGCCAGGGGCUGAGUAAGAAGAAAUCGAUCAUGUAUUGACUACUGCUAUCAAGUAAGUUUGUCUCUCUGCCAUAUUUAAGAUACAAAAGCCAGGGCAACUUAAAAUAUUUGCAGAGGUUAUUGAAGAAUAAAAGGUUGAGAAAAUUUAGUGCACAUUUACAGUUGAGAUGUAAGUCUGCUCACUGCUCUCUCAUCAGUACUGUUCACAGUAGAUUUCCUGUUGCGCUUUCUCCUUUGUAUUCUUGCCUAACAAGUCGGAGUUCUUUCACAUGUGUGGGCUUUGUGAGACAGAGCAGAUGCUGUGUUCUGAUAUGUCCAGUUCUUUACGCAAAACCAGCGUGAGACUGGCAGACUGGCAGAAUCAUGAGGAAAAGUAGGGACAGACCCCAGACUCACACUCUACAAAGUUAGCACCACCACCAUUUAAACUGGCCAUCAAAGGCUGGUCCAUAUCAGGAAAGGAUUGGUCUUGCUAAAUGUCAGCAAAUUUAUAUCUACUACAUUUUUUUCAUUUCUCAAAAUAAGUGGUCGUGUUGUUAUAACCAUGUUUAGCUCUGACCUUCCUCCUAACAAAUAGCAGUGUCGUGAAGAACAUUUUAGUGUAAUGAUCAUACAUGGGGGGAGGGAAAUUAUAAAAUGUGAACUCACGAUCUGAAGGAAUGAGAACAAACAGUUAUUUAAGAAAGGACAUCAUUAUAAGUAGAUUUGUAUGUUGAAACUUAACAUACAACAUGGUGCAGUGAGUGAAUGCCCUCUAACCACCAAAGCACUUUAGGCAUAUUAAGUGGAUGUUUGGAUACUGUGCAAAAAUUCAAUCAGGAAAUAUUUAUAUACAUCUUUGCCCCAAAAGAGAAAAGCAGUCACGAAACUUAUGAAAAUUACUUUCAUAAGGCAUGUCGUAGAAUAAUCUGUUUUGAUACAUGUGAAUUAUACUUUAGGUCGGCAGAGAAAUUAGGCUCAUUUAUGUGAAAAUUAGACUAUGUUUAAGAUAGUGGGUUUAUUACUCGUUAAAUAUCUAGUAUCCAAAAAUUUGAUGCAGUUACCCUCUUGUAAGAUUGAAAAUAAUAAUCAAGCAUAUGUUACAUUUGUUGUUACUGUAAUUUGAUUAUUCAUUACUGGUGUCUUUGAUACCUUACCCUCAUCCUUCAUAAAAGCACGAUGCUAAAUAACUCAUGAAAAACUAUCAGACUUCAAACCUACUAAAACCUUACAGUUUAAUCCUUUUUUUAACAUGGAUCAUUCAUCGCUGGGGAAUAUACCCAACACAUGAGUGGAAACAAGGGAGAAGGCAGAGUCAUUCACGUGUGUUGUGUUCAUGUGUUCUUCACCUAGUUGUUUAACUUCAGCCUUUUUCUUUGAUGAGAGAUUUUUUUUUAACAUAUGAAGUCAUCCAGUGACCCUAGUUUAUUGUGAAAACAUUUAUCUAUGAAAAUUCACAUUUAAAGUGGAACAUCUAAAAUCGCUCUAUAAAUAUCAAGUUUUAAAAAGAUGUCUUUUUUCUGCUCACAUAAGUAGUUAAAUAAUCAUGACAUAAAUUUAGAAGUAGAUAAUUAUAUAGUAUCAUUCCCUAAAAUAUUUCUGUUAACUGGCAUGUAUUGACUAUACAUCAAGUAGGAAAGCUCUUCCUCUAUUCCAUUAUAUUCCACACCAAUCUCUUCCUCUGGUGUCAAGAACAAAUUAUAUACCUUAUACUUCUGUUUGUUGAAAUGGGUAAAAUGUCAACAUAAUAAGCUACAUAAAACUUAAAAGUUCAAUUGUUUAAAAAUACUGGGAUAACUUUGUUGUAGGCUAUAUUCAAUUCUGUUGCCCUCUAAGAUUACUUUUAAAUUUUUUUUGCACUUUUUUUGUAAACUAAAAGAAUAUGAAGCCAUACAAUGGCAAGAUAUUUAGGUUUAAGAAAUUUUAAACCAGCAAACUUAACAGCCUAGUUCUUUAGACUGGUCCUUGAUAGCAGUUCCUUUCAGGCUAUUUAUAAGCAGAAUUUAGAUGCAAGUCAAAACUUUCCAAAUCCAAAUACUGAUCUUUGGAGUCAGUCUAUUCUUUUUUCAUUGUAUAGUCUACUUGUACAUGUAUUCACAUGAUAUUCUAAUAUACAUUGCAUUAAAAAUGAAAAGGUGGCUCUGGAUGAGCUCUUUUGUUACAUAUUUGUUCCUAAAUUUUUAAAGGCUUUUUGUAGUUAAAGCAGGUUAGUUUAACUUAAUUACCCAGUUCUUUUUUACACUUGAUAGAUCAUGAUGAAAGUGCAUUUGAGGCCAAUGGCGGUAGAUCUUACAGACCUUUUAUCCCUUAAACAUAAGCUUUGACAAUGAUAACUACAUAUUUCAAAUGCUAUUACAUGAAUAUCAAAAUGUGAUAUGUCAGAAAUAAAGGGAUAAUUUAAAGGUGGAUAUUUGAAAUUUCUUUAGUCUUAGUAUAUAUGUAUGUUGAAUAGUAUACUCUAAAAAUAAGUGUGCAAUUUGCUAGUUCUGCAAUACAGUGGUUAGCAUUAGGUAUGUCUCCUCUUUAUACCCUGGCUGUGUCCCAUUUAAUUAUAAGUGCAAUCCUUUCAAGUUCACUUGCCCUUUGACUUUGACCUACUCUUACUUCAUAUAGAAGGCUUGUCUAGAAAGAGUAGUGUGUAUUUUUACUUUUGCAGAAUGAAUUGCAUGUGCAUAUCGUAACUACAGCUAUUGUUUUUAUGUUGACAUAACUAAAUGUUCUCUUAUAUAUCAGCUCUAAUCCUUUAAGUAAAUGUAAUAAAUUCUUACUCAAAUUUUU